AUGUCCACCCAACCCAAAACCACGGCAAUCCUAAAAGCAACCCAGCUCACCCCUGAAAAGCUCGACCAGGCCCUCCACGCGCUCCUAACCAUCCUGCCCGAGAUCUCCAUGGCCAUGGAAGAGCGCUUCGCCAACGUCCCUGCCCCUUUUGACCCCUCUGCUCUCGCCCAGCUUGAACCUAUGGGCCAGAUUGAGCAGCUUCGCAACGCGACUACCGCUACUACUUCUUUCGAGACUCCAGCGGGUGAAUACUGCGACUACACGCAUGACUUUGUCGUGCCUACUGCGGCUAUCGUGACUGCCAGGGAGGAUCGGGAUGAGUAUCUGCAGGUUGAUGUCAAUGUCAAUGUCAAUGGUUCCAAUCAUAGCAAUCAUGGCGCCGUGAAUAACACCAAUGAAAAUGUCAACCAUACUAUUAAUAACGACAACAACAAUAACGAUGUUAAUAGUGGUCGCUACCCGCAGACGAACCAGUCCCAGGUCUCUGUUUCAACUGGGCUGACUUCUCAUUUGCCGAAUAAUUUACCUUCGAGGUGUGCCGUUUGA